GUCUUUUCCCCCCUUGGGAGAAGUCGGCAAGGUGGCGGCGGCGGCGGCGGCGGCGGUUGUCCCGCCGGGCCGGUUGGUGUGACCGGUCGGCGCGUGCUGCGCAGCAGCGUCCGCGUUUCGUCCAGCCGGGCGGAGCCGAGCGGAGGCCGAGGCCGGAGCCCGCGAGGGCGGAGGGCGGAGGCGGCCAGGGCGGCCCGUGGGAGGGAGCGCGGGGCCCCGGCAGCGCCGCCGGCUCCCGGCCCUGCCGGCCUCCUCCGUCGGAGCCGCGGCCAUGGCGGCCAGCGCGAAGCGGAAGCAGGAGGAGAAGCACCUGAAGAUGCUGCGGGACAUGACGGGGUUGCCGCACAACCGCAAGUGCUUCGACUGCGACCAGCGCGGCCCCACCUACGUGAACAUGACGGUCGGCUCGUUCGUGUGCACCUCCUGCUCCGGCAGCCUGAGAGGGUUAAAUCCACCUCACAGGGUGAAAUCUAUCUCCAUGACAACAUUUACACAACAGGAAAUUGAAUUCCUGCAAAAACAUGGAAAUGAAGUCUGCAAACAGAUUUGGCUAGGAUUAUUUGAUGAUAGAUCUUCAGCAAUUCCAGACUUCAGGGAUCCACAAAAAGUGAAAGAAUUUCUACAAGAGAAAUACGAAAAGAAAAGAUGGUAUGUUCCGCCAGAGCAAGCCAAAGUGGUGGCAUCAGUUCACGCAUCUAUUUCGGGGUCUUCUGCCAGCAGCACGAGCAGCACCCCCGAGGUCAAGCCCCUGAAGUCUCUGCUGGGAGAUUCUGCACCAGCUCUGCACUUAAAUAAGGGCACACCUAGUCAGUCCCCAGUUGUAGGUCGCUCUCAAGGGCAGCAGCAGGAGAAGAAGCAGUUUGACCUUUUGAGUGAUCUUGGCUCAGACAUCUUUGCUGCUCCGGCUCCUCAGUCAACAGCUACAGCCAAUUUUGCUAACUUUGCUCAUUUUAACAGUCAUGCAGCUCAGAAUUCUGCAAAUGCAGAUUUUGCAAACUUUGAUGCAUUUGGACAGUCUAGUGGCUCGAGUAAUUUUGGAGGUUUCCCCACAGCGAGUCCUUCUCCUUUUCAGCCCCAAACUACAGGUGGAAGUGCUGGAUCAGUAAAUGCUAAUUUUGCUCAUUUUGAUAACUUCCCCAAAUCCUCCAGUGCUGAUUUUGGAAGCUUCAGUACAUCCCAGAGUCAUCAGACAGCAUCAACUGUUAGUAAAGUUUCAACAAACAAAGCUGGUUUACAGACAGCAGACAAAUAUGCGGCACUUGCUAAUUUAGACAAUAUCUUCAGUGCUGGGCAAGGAGGUGAUCAAGGGAGUGGUUUUGGGACCACGGGUAAAGCUCCUGUUGGUUCUGUGGUUUCAGUUCCCAGUCAUUCAAGUGCAUCUUCAGACAAGUACGCAGCCCUGGCAGAGUUAGACAGCGUGUUCAGUUCUGCGGCCACUUCCAGCAAUGCUUACACGUCCACAAGUAAUGCUAGCAGCAGUGUCUUUGGAACAGUGCCUGUGGGUGCUUCUGCUCAGACACAACCAGCUUCAAGUGGGCCUGCUCCAUUUGGGGCUACGCCUUCUACGAAUCCAUUUGUUGCUGCUACGGGUCCUUCUGCGGCAUCGUCUACAAACCCUUUUCAGACCAACGCCAGAGGAGCAACAGGCCUUUCUGGAGCAAUGCAUUCUCAAGUGUUCCCUCACGCUCAUUUUGCGGCAACCUUUGGCACUGCAUCCAUGAGUAUGCCGGCAGGGUUCGGCACUCCUGCCCAGUACAGCCUCCCCACCAGCUUUAGCGGCAGUUUCCAGCAGCCUGCCUUCCCAGCCCAAGCAGCUUUCCCCCAGCAGACAGCCUUCUCUCAACAGCCCAAUGGUGCAGGUUUUGCCACAUUUGGACAAACAAAACCAGUGGUAACCCCUUUUGGUCAAGUUGCAGCUGCUGGAGUGUCUAGUAAUCCUUUUAUGACUGGUGCACCAACAGGACAAUUUCCAACAGGAAGCUCAUCAACCAAUCCUUUCUUAUAGCCUUAUAGAGACACUAUACUGGAACGAACUUUUAUGUGAUCAUAUUACAUCUCUCCGCCUCUUGCACUGUUGUCUUGUUUCACUGAUCUUAGCUUUAAACAUGAGAGAAGUCUUUAAAAAAGCCUGCAUUGUGUAUUAAACACCAGGUAAUAUGUGCAAAACAGAGGGCUCAGCAACAACUUUUUACUUGCGAAUUGGCAGAAAAGGUAGCGGCAUCAUGUACGUUAAAAAUUGGCUAAUGUUAAGUUAUUGCAGAUCCCACAUUCAUUAUGCUGCAGUACUGUACAUAUUUUUCUUAGAAAUUAGCUAUUUGUGCAUAUCAGUAUUUGUAACUUUAACACAUUGUUAUGUGAGAAAUGUUACUGGGGAAAUAGAUCAGCCACUUUUAAGGUGCUGUCAUAUAUCUUGGAAUGAAUGAUUAAAAUCAUUUGAAGCAUUGCUUCUGGAAAGUUCAAAGUCAAAAUCAGAAGGUUUUAUUCAUUCUUGAAUUUUCCCUUCUAAAGAGCUCUUCUAUUUAUUCACGGCUAAAUUCUUUAAAGAUGUGGAGACACCUGUCUGCGGAAUAAAGCUGAUCAUGUUUUGCUACAGUUUGCAGGUGAACAAAAUAAAUAUUAGAAAAUA